CAGUACAUCUGUGUCGCUCGCAAGCACUUAGUGAUGCCGAUUCGUAUUUGUGGUGCAUCCAAUUCUAACUUGCAGAACUUCGAGAUUGCUCUGCGCGUCCGUAAUUAAAAAAAUUUAGCCAACAAGCUCGUGUUGAUCUCCUCUAGCAAAUAUUUCUUCAGUGGAUCUAUUGUUUCAUUACUUUGCGGAUUCUGAGAAGGAAGUCAUCAGUUUGAACCUGCGAUUAUUGAAAUGGCUAAGAAGCACAUGCACACUGGAAACACAAGGCUUCGUUCGGAUACGGUAACGGGUGUCUUCGAAAUGGCAGAUUUCUUACGAUGGGAUGAGUUACCACCGCAUUGCAUUAGGUUCGUGCAGCGUUCCGCGAAUUUAAAGAACUGCAUUUCUUUCUGGAAGUUAGCAGACUUCUACUCUCUGCACGGGUUACGAACCUAUCUUCAAACUUUUAUCUGCAAGUCUUUGAAAUAUGUCAUGAAGAGGACCGAUUUUCUCGAGUUGGAGCUGAAAGAUGUAACGCGUCUACUGAGCGAUAUCAGAUUGAAACGAUCCAAAUUCCCCUAUCGAUAUGAAAUGAUUUACUCAGCUUUAAUGCAGUGGAUAGGUCAUAAUGUAACCGAACGACAUGCACACAUAGGAAGCCUUCUGCAGUUAGUAAGGCCCGAGGAGAUCAGCGAACAUUUUCUUGACGAGGUAGUUCUAGAGAACACCUUGAUGAUGGAAAAUGUUCCUGCUGGAAAUUGGCUACUCAAUAAUUUCAAUGUUUAGGAAAAAUCACCGAAGAAGUCGAUCCAGAUACUAAAGCCAAUUUUUAUAAUUGAUGACAGUAGUUAAUUUUGCGGAUUUAAAGACCGAUCGUAUAGUUUUACGAUUUUAUUCAGUCUACAGUUAUAUUCCAUUGUAUAAACAUCCCUAUUUUAUCAUUUACCUUACUUAUCUUACUUCAAUAAUCAAUUUGUUAAUUUUUUCGCGUCUCGAUAUCAGUUUAUUUAUUAUUUUAUAAAUCAACAAUAAAAUGCAUUAUUCAAUAAAAA